AUGUCGUCGGCUGGGGACAGUGGAGAUGCAGCACCUGCAAAACAAAACGAAGAAAAGACCUACAAAAAGACUGCAUCCUCUGCCAUCAAAGGUGCUAUCCAACUGGGAAUAGGAUACACAGUGGGGAAUCUCACUUCCAAACCAGACCGAGAUGUCCUCAUGCAAGACUUCUACGUGGUGGAAAGUGUGUUCCUGCCCAGUGAAGGGAGCAAUCUGACCCCAGCACAUCACUACCCAGACUUCAGAUUUAAGACAUAUGCUCCACUAGCAUUCCGAUAUUUCAGAGAGCUUUUUGGCAUCAAGCCUGAUGAUUACUUGUAUUCCCUCUGCAAUGAACCGCUGAUAGAGCUGUCCAACCCUGGAGCCAGUGGGUCCUUGUUUUUUGUGACCAGUGACGAUGAAUUUAUUAUCAAAACAGUUCAGCAUAAAGAGGCAGAGUUCCUUCAGAAGCUGCUGCCAGGCUAUUACAUGAAUUUAAACCAGAAUCCAAGGACUCUUUUGCCAAAAUUUUAUGGACUGUAUUGCAUGCAAUCAGGGGGCAUUAACAUCAGAAUCGUGGUGAUGAACAAUGUCUUGCCGCGCGCCAUGAGAAUGCACUUUACAUACGACUUGAAAGGCUCAACCUACAAGCGAAGGGCAUCCCGAAAAGAGAGAGAAAAGUCCAACCCCACCUUCAAGGACUUAGAUUUCCUACAAGACAUGCACGAAGGGUUGUAUUUUGAUAUGGAGACAUACAAUGCGCUCAUGAAAACUCUUCAGAGAGACUGUCGGGUGCUGGAAAGCUUCAAGAUCAUGGACUAUAGCCUUUUGCUGGGAAUCCACAUCUUAGACCAUUGCCUCAAAGAAAAAGAAGAGGACACGGCACAAAAUGCGCCAGAUGCGAAGCGGCCUGGGAUGCAGAAGGUUCUCUACUCCACAGCAAUGGAAUCCAUCCAAGGUCCAGGGAAAUCAGGGGACGGGAUCAUCGCAGAGAACCCGGACACAAUGGGAGGGAUUCCAGCCAAAAGCCAUAGGGGUGAAAAACUGCUUUUAUUUAUGGGCAUUAUUGACAUUCUGCAAUCAUAUAGGCUAAUGAAGAAGUUAGAACAUUCCUGGAAAGCGCUUGUUUAUGAUGGGGACACUGUUUCCGUUCACAGACCAAGCUUUUAUGCAGACAGAUUUCUAAAGUUUAUGAAUUCCCGAGUUUUCAAGAAAAUUCAAGCUCUGAAGGCCUCACCUUCUAAAAAACGGUGCAAUUCCAUCGUCGCCCUGAAGGCGACAUCGCAGGAGAUUGUGUCCUCCAUGAGCCAAGAAUGGAAAGAGGAGAAGCGGGAUUUGCUGACAGAAGGGCAGAGUUUCAGCAGCUUAGAUGAAGAAGCGCUGGGAUCCCGGCACAGGCCAGACCUGGUGCCCAGCACACCAUCCCUGUUUGAAGCUGCUUCCUUGACGACCACCAUCUCAUCUUCUUCCUUAUAUGUCAAUGAACAAUAUCCACACGACAGGACGACGCUAUAUUCAAACAGUAAAGGGUUACCUUCCAGUUCAACAUUUACCUCGGAAGAGGGGACCAUCUACUUGACUUCUGAGCCAAAUGCUCUGGAAACGCAGGACGAUAAUGCCUCCGUGCUGGAUGUUUAUUUAUAA